AUGGGACAAAGUUACCAGAAGCUGAGGCAAGCGUUAGGUGUGAACGAACAAAAACGGGUCCUGUUAGUUGGCCCCAAUGGAGCUGGCAAGACCUGCUUGCUGUAUGGCCUGAAGUUGGGCUUCGAUGAGACGUUCACAACCAUGCCAACUGUGGGUUUCAAUGUCGAGACGUGGACUCACAAGUUCAAGACCUUUACCAUUUGGGACCUCGGCUUGCGAAGCAAGAUGCGACCACUGGUCAAACACUACACUCCAGCUACAGACAUGGUGAUUUUCAUGCUGGACCGCUCGGACUCCUUAUGGGAUGCUGAUGAGUUGUUUCUUCAACGCAUUGAAAGAUCUGCCUCAACACCUGACCAUGCUGGAGGUCUGCGAGGAGCUGAAGCUACAAGAUCUGGCCAAGAGCCUCAGGACAACUGGCUAGGCGAGAAGAGUUUGCGAUUGUCGCAAAUAGCAGUUAGAAGACAUGUGACGGGCAUCGUUUUCAGAGAGGAGGCACCGUAUCCACUUGCAACCCUGCUGCGCAAAGACUGGCGAAGGAGUUAUGGAGGGGAUGGAUUUUCUGACCUCAUUUCGCGGCGGAAAGGGCCUUACCAUGGCUGGCUGGGACAGACCUGGCAAGGAGACACCGAUGAGCUACUUGGUGGAUCAAACAAGGAGGGUGCCACCGGCGGCUACCGAAGCUCCGACCCUCUGGAGGCUGGGGCCGCGGAGGCCGCGGAGGCUGGGGUCGAGGGCGAGCCCGUGACCUUGGCUGCGGCGGAGCUGGCGGAUGACGUCUUUCUGCAAGCCUUUCAGGAUCGCCAGUUGAAGCCUUUCGGCCCCGUGGAGAUGAUGCGACUGUCCUUGUUGAAACGUUUGGAAGGCUCCAGCGCCUUGGCCACCUUGGAGACCGCUCGCCUCCAGGGCUGCGUGCCGCACGCCACGCGGAUGCACUUCUGGGCCACGCGGAUCUUCGCAGCGCCGCUGCCGGAGAGGGUCACAGACACACGGAGCUUCCUGGAAGAGCACCCGGAGCUGCUGCCCAAGCUGGACGCAGAUCGGGAAGUGUUGAUACGCCAAGCAUAUAGCGAGAAGAUUGACCGUGAACACGAUGCUGGCGCCUACACUGGGGAACUGGACUCCUUUUGCUCAUUGGUGCGCCUCUCCUUUCUGCUACUGAAGGCCAUGCCGCGGCGCGAAGCCAUCCAACGCUUGGAUGCCAUGCUGCGACGCUGGGAAGCCAAGGGCAGGAAGUUCCACGACACCCGGCAGUACGUGGCCUUGCAGUUGGCACACCUGGCUUUAACCCAGCACCCCUCGUUGCAAGAAAAACCCUUCACUCGGCUGCAAGAGCUUUGUCCGGAACUCUGUGAGGAAGACUGUCGCCUGGCGUGUUUUCAGGCCCCGGACCUACAGCCACUGCCAUCGAAGCUGGACAGCCCGCCCUGCACGUGGCAUGAGCAGCUGAAUGACCAGGAGUUCCUAGAAGCGGUUCGAACAAGAUCUCUGAGUUCCUGGGGCCUGCCCAGCUUGGCCCGUCUCUCCUACCUUUAUCUCUCCGAGCUGGGCCGCCCUUCUGCCGUGCAGAAGCUGCUGGGCGACCUGGAAGAUGCGAGGUCGGUCAAGGCGUUGAAUCUGGGGCUCUUCGCACACGAGACCUUAGCCUACUUCACGAUUCACAUGAUCCACUACUUCAUUGCGUCUCAAGAACUGUCGAUGGCUGAGCCCUUCAGCGACCUGGUGAAGAAAUGCGAUAAGAUUGUGGAUCCCACGCUGUAUCGCGCAUACUACUCAGACCAAGCGAUACAUUGUACUGAAGCCCGAAAUUCCUUCGUGGUACCUGACCGAUGUCCGCUCCCGGAUCUGUUGCCGCAA